AACAUACCAGAGCUUAAAUGCUGAACAGCCACUGCCAUUCACAAACGACACCCUCCCUCUUUCUCUCUUCCUCACUCACAUUAUUUCUCUCAGUGUGGCUCACUGUUACUCCAGCAUUAUAGGUGAAGUCCUGUUUUCUCAAUAUCAGAAAGACACCAUCAGUUUGCUGCAAACACUGUAGGACGUCUGCGAGUUGCUUGACAAGUGGUUCAGCUCAAGUAAAGUGUCCGGCUCAUCUGAAGCCUUUGUGUGGAGAUUCAUCUUCCAGCAGUCUUUCCUUUGUGAAGAGCACAGCACAGUUUGGUGGGGGAUAAUAAGUGAAGAUGUCUCUCCUGUUGUCAGCCCUGAUAUGUCUGUCAGUUGUCCAGCUGUGUGUGGGAGAGCCCGUGGAGGAAGUCAUCACAACAAAAAAAGUGCAUCUACUGGGUGGCUGGCUUGAGAGGAGUCCAGAGUCACAAGAGGUUCAGGAGGCAGCCCAACAUGCUGUGAAGAUGUUCAACAUGCACUCCAAGAGCAAGAAGAUGUUCAAACUGGUCUCCAUCAGCUCUGCUCAGAGUCAGGUGACCAAUAUGAUCAACUUUAAGAUUGAUGCAGUCCUGGGAAAAACCAAGUGUCUCAAGACUGAAAACCAUGACUUGAACAGCUGCAGUCUUAAUAGAAAGCAUGUGAAGUGCCACUUUGAGGUGACCCUCAACCCCUACAACAACAAACACGAGCUGCAGGGACACAAGUGCAGGAAACUUACAGAGAAUGUUUAACUUUUUUAUAGUUUAGCUCUACAGCUUUGACGUUACCUUUAUUACAUUUCGAUACAAUGUUGAUGUUUUUUUCUCUGAAUAAAUGUUUUGCGGCCGAUUUUAAGUUGUGAAUGUGUGGUAUGAUAGACAAUAUGAUGGACUUCUGACAAGAUCGUGAUCUCAAUAAAAUUUGUUUGGAAAAGGUGA